AAUCACACCAAACCUCCAUUUUCAAGACCUCAAAAACCCACAACACCCAAAAGAAACCCAAGAAUUCACUAAUGGCACCAUUUCUUGCUCCCAACCUCAUCACCAUCAUCAUGAUCACGAUCAUCACAACCUCACCGCAGCUCGUUCUGACUCAUCCGAACCUCAUCCCUCCCCACCUCUCCCAACUCGACACGUGGAUCGUCCACAACAUGAGGGACUACGCCAACCGCAAGGCCACCCAAGCCACUCUUCGCUUCGACUCUAAAUUGCUCUCCGCCGAGUACGCCUUCAAAAUAAUAACCGUCAAGAGAGACGGCACCGGAGACUUCAAAACAGUCACUGACGCCGUCAACAGCAUUCCGUCGUGGAACAAGCGUCGCGUCGUGGUGUUCAUCGGCGGGGGUGAGUACAGAGAGAAGAUUCUGGUCGACGCGUCGCGGCCGUUCGUGACCUUUUACGGGGAUAAGAACGACGUGCCAUCGAUCACGUUUGACGGCACGGCGUUGAAGUACGGGACGUGGGAUAGUGCCACGGUGGCCAUCGAUGCCGACUACUUCGUGGCCGUCAACAUUGCGUUCGUGAAUUCGGCUCCAAUGCCGGACGGGAAAAGGCCGGGGGCGCAGGCGGUGGCGAUGAGAAUAUCAGGGGACAAGGCAGCGUUUCACAGCUGCAGGUUCAUAGGGUUUCAGGACACGUUGUGUGACGAUAGGGGGAGGCAUUUCUUCAAGGACUGCUACAUCCAAGGCACUGUUGAUUUCAUCUUUGGCAAUGGGAAAUCCCUCUACGUGAAGAAUAGGAUACAUUCAGUGGCAAAUGGAAUGGGGGUGAUAACAGCACAUGCAAGAGAAGAUGCGGCAGACGACAGUGGGUUUGCGUUUGUGCAUUGCAACAUAACAGGGACGGGUGACACAUUUCUUGGGAGGGCUUGGAGGGACAGAGCUAGGGUUGUGUUUGCUUACACGUACAUGGGAUCUCUCAUCGACAGCCAAGGAUGGUCUGACGCCAAGCACUCUGAGCGCGACAAGACUGUGUAUUAUGGAGAGUACAAGUGUAUGGGACCGGGUUCGAGCUCAACGGGUCGGGUCAAGUAUGCAAAGAUGUUAUCUGAUGAAGAAGCAAAGCCCUUCCUCAGCAUGACUUUUAUCAGAGGAACAAAGUGGGUUCUCCCACCUCCCAAGCUCUCAACUUUAGAUAUAUAAAUGUUGUAUGUAGGUGGGUUUGUAAACCUUGUAACAAAGCCGGUUCUGCAGUGAAAAUUGGGACCAAUAUUUCAGUUUUUUUUCUUCUUUUUAAAUAUCAGUACAUAUAUUUUACUAAAAUGGAAUUUUCAAAGCCUUUUAAUAUGAA